GACAGAUGAUUGAUUUAAUUACUACUAUCGAAGGAGAAAAAGAUCUAUCAAAAUAUUUGCUUCCGCUGUGAGAUGAAAAUUCAGUCUGUUUUCUGCAAUUAGGCUGUGCAUUUGGCAAUAUUAUGGGCGAACAUGUUAUAAAAGAUGCAUGAACGGCCAGCUUGUAAAUUCACGCUCCGAGUGUCUCUCCUCCCAUAAUGUCAAAGAGCUUCUCGAUUCCGUCAAUGCUUUUCUCUUUGAUUGCGACGGCGUGAUUUGGAAAGGUGAUAAAUUGAUAGAUGGAAUCCCUGAGGCACUCGACAUGCUUCGUCGCAGGGACGAGAUAUUCUCAUCAUCGUUUGCUGCUGCAAUGUAUUUGAAGGUUUGCAACUUUCCCACUGACAAGAAGGUUUAUGUAAUAGGCGAGGAAGGCAUAUUGGAGGAGCUUGAGCUUGCUGGCUUUACAGGGCUUGGUGGUCCGGCAGAUGGAAAGAAGACUCUGGAACUGAAAUCAGGAUUCAUUUUUGAGCAUGACAAGAGUGUUGGACUUGAUCAAUACAUCAAUUACUACAAGCUGCAGUAUGGAACACUUUGUGUACGUGAGAACCCCGGAUGCCUAUUUAUUGCUACCAAUCGUGAUGCAGUGGGGCACAUGACCGAUCAACAAGAGUGGCCGGGUGCUGGAUGUAUGGUUGGUGCAAUGUGUGGAUCAACUCAGAAAGAGCCUAUUGUAGUUGGGAAACCAUCAACCUUCAUGAUGGAUUUUUUACUACAGAAUUCUUAUUGUUUUGCAGAUUCAAUAUUGCUACCUCGAGGAUGUGUAUGGUUGGUGACAGAUUGGACACAGAUAUCUUAUUUGGAAAGAAUUCUGGCUGCCAAACUCUCCUUGUUCUUUCAGAACAGGUUGAUUAGAAGCAGAUGGUCGGGAAGAACAUGCGUGAAUCCUCCUCGAAAACAAACAAGUAGUAGAACUCCAUCCUUCAAACCCAAAAGGGCUAUUGACUUGAUGAUGAUCCUCCAGUUUUUUCCCCAACAGUAGAUUAAAUUCAUUAGCAACAAACCGAUGAUUCAGCAACAUUGCGGCAGUCCAUCUCGUACUGGGGUUUCUUGCAAAGCACAUCUCCAGAAAAUCCUUGCAGCGAUUGGAUAUACCCUCUGGGAUUUCGGGUUUCUUGAACGCAAUGUUUAGAAACGCAUCCGGUGGAUUUCCGGUGAUCAUCUCCACAACGAUGCACCCUAUAGCCCAUAUAUCUUUAGGCGCCUCGUGCAUCUCGGAAACCAAAGACUCCGGCGAGGUGUACAGUAAAGACCCCCGGUGACAACCCCCAAAAAUGUUAACUCCGGAGGGCUUAGACAGCCCGAAAUCGGCGAUCUUGAGACGAUUCACCCCGCACCCACACGGAAACACAAGAACAUUGGCGGGUUUCAAAUCGCAGUGAACGAAUCCCCAGCCGUGCACUUCCUCUAUACCCUUUAGAAGCUGAUAAGCGUAGAAAGAAACCUCAAAUUCCAUGAUGUUUCCGGGGCGAGACUUGAUCAGGCUCUCCAGUGAUCCACCCGGAGCGUACUCGAGUAAAAGGUUGUAGACAACCUCUUCAUGUUCUAGGCUGGUGUCGUCUCCGAAACAGUGGACGAUAUAGGGACAUCCUCGGAGUUGAUUCAAGAUUCGCCCUUCCACCCUAAGUGAUCUUGAAGACUCUAGCUUUGAAGACUUCACGGCGAACACCUGCGAAUCAGUUGAUGAAGAUGAAGAAAGUCGACCAAGAAAUACGGUGCCGUAGGAUCCUGCGCCAAGAAUUUGAAAUUUUUGGCAGGCCAUGCUGUUGAGAUGACUCUCCAAGUUUAGGGUAAGUAUUAGGAAAGCUAAUACUCUUAAUUAUAUAGGGUGGGGAAAUAUCCUAAUCCAAUCAAGAAUAAGAUUAGGAGACUUCCAAGAAGCAACUAGGAACUAACUGGAACUUAGAAACUCAAGAGAUCAGAGAAGCGGCGCAUAAACAACGGAAAGUGCAGAAGAUGAUUGUGAGUGAGGGCGGCGACGCCUACUACUUAUAACGGUACAACGGAGUGUAAUGCCGGUGGGAUUAAGGCGGCGUAUGUAGUAGUAGCCGUUAAUGGAAGCCAUUUUUGAAAUUCACAAUUUAUUACUCUGUAACAAACUUCUGCCGCUAAAGACAAAUCAGAAUUAGAUGUAAUUAUGUAAACCUAACAAACAAAAGGAUAUUUUCUUUGCUAAUUAUCA